CCGGACUGGUUUCCGUCACUGUUGUCGUCUGAUUUUUUUGAUCCCUGUGAGGAUCACGAUGGGGUGAGGAAGAACGAGUGCACCUUUUUCUGCAAGGACUGCUGCUCAUCGGGCAUCUGCAUGCAUUGCUUGCCAGCGCAUCCUCAUGAGCAUACCGCCAUCCAGGCAAGGCUUUCUUUUCUUAGAAUUCGGAAGUACAUGUACCAGUUUGUUGUUCGGAUUCAAGACAUCCAGGAGCAUUUUGAUGCAUCAGGAGUGCAGACGUACAUUAUAAAUUCAGCCAGAGUUGUCUUUUUAAGGGACCGAAAGCAUGCCAGCCCAGUGAAGGAUGCAUUUGUGGAGGGAUGCUUAACAUGCAAACGGGCUCUACGGGAUAAUUUCUACUUUUGUUCAUUGUCUUGCAAAGUUGAGGCCUUG